AUGGAUCAAAGAUCCAAGCCUACCAACUAUCCCACCACAUUUGAGUCUUCCUCCUACUCCAGGGAAGAAGAAAUCAGGAAUAUCACUCGGCAUGUGGGAUGGUUGAAGAGUUAUCAAGCCAAGAGGAAAAAUAGAAUGGCUAUUGCAGGGAUAAGCCGAAUGAUGAACGAUGACGAGCUCGAGCGCGAUAUUUUGACUUUGAUCGAUAUGAGGAAUAGCGUGACAGAUGAGGUAUAUCAGAUGGGAGAAGUGGAAAAGAAAGCUAAGGAAUUGACGGAUAAAUGGAGGACGUUGAAAGAUCAGUUGUCUGAUGUGGUGCAAGGGAGGGAAGUGGGCUUCUUAGCAGAGAAGGUCGUUAGAAAAUAG